CACGUGCUCCUCUCUCUCUCUCUCUCUCUCUCCCUGCGUCUCUUUGCCAGUUCCAUUCCAUUUUCCGGGGGUGACGCAGCAGGAUCGUUGCUCCCUUUGAUGUCGGCCGCGCAUCCGCUUCUCCCGCUGGUUUCGGCUUGAGCUACUCGGAGAUGUGGCCAGGAGCGACCCGUGCCCGCGUCGUCGAUCUGCUGCGCUGUCGCCGGAGGAUCCGCCCCGACUCCUUCAGAUAUGUUUGAUUGGAACGACGAAGAGCUUGCUAGCAUAAUAUGGGGCGAGUCCAAGGAGACUGAUGACCAUAUAGUUCCUCAUCCUGAAGGAAAUGAAGAUCAUCAGAAGAAGAAAGAAUGGAACCAAGAAACUGCUCCAAUCAAGCCUACAGAAGAAAAGAUCCUCGGGCUGAAAAUUGAUUUUAAUGACUCAAAAACGGGAAGUAGUGCUAAUAUCAAUAAAAAGAGAUGUUCAGAUGUAUCUGCAUUUGGCUCAGAUUCAUGGCCCAACCUAUCUUCAUCUAAUGCUGUUACAAAUGAUACACGAACCAUUGAACCAAGAUAUGGCUCUUUUAAAGCAGGGCUAGAUGAACCUGACAAGGCUUCUGAAUGUUCCAAAAAUACCCAUGAAGAUAAAGAACAGGGCGAAUUUGUUGACUAUGGCUGGUCAACCAUUGGAAGCUUUGAAGAUCUUGAUCGGAUUUUUAGCAAUGAUGAGUCACUAUAUGGCAGUGAGAAUCUUGACAGUGCAGAUGAGCUAUGGUCUUAUAGCAAAAAUGUGACUCUUAGCCCCAUAAGGUCAGUCUCUGGAUAUGCGGAUUCUCCUACUCUGCGGUCAAAACCAUUAACAGGUACAGGUGCAUCAGAGGGUGUGGAAAUAAAAGCAGAAUAUGUUCAACAAGACCGCUCUGUUAGACUUGCUUACAAGGAAAUGAAUGACCAUGCAUCCACCCUCUUGCAGCACUCACAGAUUCUGAAGAAAGUGGAAGAUAAUCAGACAAAUGUGGGCAUGGUGGAAAAGGCCGCAAUAGUGAACUCUGGCUUUGUUGUCAAUAUUUCAACCCCCGCUCAAUCUGCAGAGAAGUCUCAAAAGAAGCUGCUAAGCAAUCAGGAUGAUGCUGUGGAGGGAAGAAGCCGAGAAAGACCAUUAGAAGAUGUCAGUAGGGCCUGGUAUUCUACUGGAGAUGCAACUGGACCACAUGAACACCAACUGGCGCCCCACAUAAUGCCAUAUGACAGGGCAGAUUCAAGUUGGUCAAGACAGCUUCAGAAUCCCGACUUUUUGCAAAAGAAUCCCGUAUCAAACACUUACAUGGCUCUUGCAGUUGGGAAUAGUGUGAAUCCUUAUCCACUAAUGCCUCUGUUGUCCCCAAAUCUAUCUGGAGAAUGCAAGAAGAAAAGUCUGAUAUCUGGCUAUGAAAAAUCCUCUGGAAGUGCAAACCAUGUAACGAAUGUUGUUGAUCUUCCUGAGAAAAUUUUAAGCAUGACUCCCCAAGAAAAGAUUGAAAAAUUAAGGCGGCGGCAACAAUUACAAGCAAUGCUUGCUAUUCAGAAACGGCAACAGCAGUUAACUCAACAUGUCUCUGGUCAUUCAGUUGCUGAGAAAUGCGCCCAGAAGAAUCAAGUGCUACAUCUUGGGGGUCCUGAUGGUGAAGAAGUUGCUGACAUGGGCCCUGUUGCCUCUCUCGAUCCAAGCUCACCUCUGGAAUAUGAUUAUUCCGACUCAAUGUCUGUGGCAGUUGAUGACUAUUCAGUGGAGGAUAACAUACUUCAGCGACUUCAAGAUGUAAUCACCAAGUUGGAUAGCAGGAUUAGACUUUGUAUGAGAGAUAGCUUGUUUCGAUUGGCUCAAAGUGUGAUGCAAAGACAACAGAUCAGUGAGACUGGCACCACCAAAACAAACACCAGACAACAGCACAAAAAGGUCGUUGAAGAAGUGAAUGCUUGUGACAGGCAGGCUAAAAUGGGUACUGCUGAAACAGAAACAAAUCCCAUAGACCGCGCAGUUUCUCAUCUUCUUUUCCACAGACCUCUGGAAACUGCAUCAAAGCAUUCAGGGCUGGCUGAAUCAUCUAUUUCGACUAAUUUUUCUUCUGAGCGAAAAGCUGCGGGGUCGGGCAACUUGCAGGGAAUAGACUUGCCGGAUAGUCCCAACAGCAGACAAAUUAUUCCUUGCCAGGGUCCAAAGACUCCUACAAGCACGCGUACGAAGCCCCGGAAAUCUGGUCAGUUUAAAGCUUCAGAGAACACCUCAAGCGAUGGAUGCAAUGAUGAUGCAACUAUGGAGGUUGAAGCCUGUUACUGAUGAAAAGGCCAACAUCAUGAGGGGUAAUUCCUUCCUUUAUCUCUUCCAUGCCUAUGUGUACAUUUAUCGUGCUCGUUAUACAGAUCUACUGUUAAUUUGGAGGUUUCUCUUAUUGUCAGCCGAGUGGAUCUUCAUCAAGGGGCAGCGAGAAUCCUCAUCAUGGGAAGCAACUAGAAGAAAAAUCAUCAGCACAUGUCGGCAAGAAGUGUCAUUUAUUCUAUCAUGACCGAACAUCCUCUCUGUUUCCUCUUGACAACUGAGGACUGUGUCUCUUCAACCAUAAUAUAGAUGAUCUGUAUAGGUUGCCUCCAUGUUUGAUUUUCAAGCUUCUCAAUGUUACUGAGUAUGGGCAAAUGGAUGUGUUCAUUGUCUGAAUUGCAUUUGACCUUAUGAGCUUGAAAUAAACCUGAACAAGAUAGUUCAAGGCA